AUGGCGCCCUCAGCACCUCAUAUCGCCGCCCAGUUGCGGCACCUCAUAUAUUACGAUCUAGACAAUAACUUACUCAAAAAUGCACUUUUCCUUGCACAAAGAUUAGUCGCUUACGAGUCAAGGUCGGCCGAGGCUGCGUUCCUACUCGCUCACUGCCAGUACCAGUCUGGAUUUGUCAAAGCCGCUUACGAUACAGCCCGGCCCUGUGGCUCUCGAGGGUCACAUUUGGGGUGCGCCUACGUGUUUGCGCAAGCAUGCUUAGAGCUCGGGAGAUUCGUCGACGGACUAUCCGCCCUUGACAAGAGCAAAGUAUUAUGGCAGAACAGAAGUACCUGGAAUCAGCACAGUGAGACACGGCGGCAGCACCUUCCAGAUGCUGCCGCAGUUUUGUGCCUGAAGGGCAAGCUAUGGAAGGCGCACAAGAACCUCGACCAAGCUGUGGACUCUUGGGCGCAGUCACUCAGGCUGAAUCCGUUUAUGUGGGAUGCGUUCGAUGGCUUAUGCGAAGCUGGCGCACGCGUAAGUCUCCCCAACAUCUACAAACUGUCACCAGAAAUGGAAGCUAUCGCCAAGCAAGCGCAUGCACAGUCCUCGAGGGCCGACAAUGCAGCAGCGCCUGUCGCAGACAAGCCCUCUGCGACAAGCCUGCCUUUACAAGCUCAGGCCACGAAUCUCAACCAGACGAGCGGAGAUCCAUUUAUGUCGACUUCGAAAACCACCGGUCACGGUAGUACAGCACUUUGGGAGAAGCUCAACGGCAGUAAAGUCAGCGUCAACACUCUGGCUAGCUCUAUAGAGGAAGACGGAACCGCCACACCGUCAACGAUUGCAGACCCAGAUGAUGGUGUUCUCCACGGCGGACCUGUAAGUGGUAUCUACGAGGCUCCACCCGCUCCCAUUCGGAAGGCAAAAAGCGCAAACGAGGUUUCGGCUGAACCUGGGUCGAGAUUCAAGCCAAGUAUCACACGAGCACGAGCCAAGGCCAAAGGUGGAUCUGACGAAGCAUCAAUCCUCCCUGAUCCAGCCCCUCCUGCAGCUCCCUCUAAGAGAACGAUCUCAGGACAUGUUGCCAAUUCCGCCGCGUCACAGAUCAACGGUGCCGAGGGUACGAGGAGGAGUAACAGGCUGCUGAACACCUCGAGACCUCCCAGUGCCAAUGGUGCCACCUCUUCAAAGCUCUCAUCGUUCACGAACUCAUUAGGCCUUCGAGAAGGUAGGGACAUCAAGAAGGCUCGUGCACCGACCAUCAAAGGUAGAACCGCAACGGCGUCAACUGUGGGAAGAGUGGUCAGUGGGAAUCGUACAAGGACUGGCUCAUCCGACGAAGUGGACGGCAGAGAGAAAACAAUACCUCCUGUCCCAUCGAUAGCCAACCACAAAGUCCGGACCGAGCCACAGCCGCAGCUACCCAACAAGCAUCUGGAAGCACUGGAAGCACUUUUCGAUCUCCACAACAAGAUGGGUACUGCUCAAAUGGCACUCUCUAACUACGACUGUCACGUUGCCAUACAGGUCUACAAUUCCCUCCCGUCCACGCAGCGCGAGACGCCGUACAUCCUUGCCCAGAUUGGAAAGUCGUACUAUGAGCAAGCAUCCUAUGCUGAUGCCGAGAAGUUCUUCGUCCGAGUGCGGCAGCUCGCUCCCUCUCGACUUGAAGACAUGGAAGUCUACUCUACUUGUCUCUGGCAUCUCAAGUCUGAUAUUGAGCUUGCAUUCCUCGCCCAUGAGUUGAUGGCUAUUGAUCGCCUGUCGCCACAGGCAUGGGUUGCGGUAGGCAAUUCUUUCUCCCUUCAACGCGAGCACGAGCAAGCCCUACGCUGCUUCAAACGCGCGACACAACUUGACCCUGGCUUCGCCUAUGGCUUCACGCUACAAGGCCAUGAAUAUGUCGCGAACGAAGAAUUUGAGAAAGCGCUCGAUGCCUAUCGGGCCGCCAUCGCCGCAGACAGCCGCCACUACAAUGCCUGGUAUGGUCUCGGUAAAGUCUACGAGAAGAUGGGCAAGUGGAGCAUCGCGGAACAACACUACCGCACCGCCGCCAGAAUUAAUCCUACGAACGCGGUCCUGAUCUGCUGCAUUGGAGUUGUGCUCGAGCGCCUCAAGAAGCCAGUAGAGGCGCUCGCGAUGUAUUCGCGUGCCUGCAGCCUGAGUCCCAACAGCGCACUGAGCCGCUUCAAGAAGGCACGAUGUCUGAUGAUGCUGAACAAGCCCCGAGAAGCGCUCAGCGAGUUGAAGAUCCUGCAGGACGUGGCACCGGACGAGGCGAACGUUUGGUUCCUCAUGGGCAGACUCUACAAAAUGCUGAGGUCGAAGGGAGAUGCGGUGAGAGCAUUCACCAUGGCGCUCAACCUGGACCCCAAGGCCGCCCAAUAUAUUAAAGACGCGAUGGAGAGCCUAGACGACGAUGAUGACGGACUUGAUGAAGACGAGGACAUGGAUUAG